AUGAGUUUGUUUGGGACAAACGCCGGGUUCGGGACAGGAGGGACCGGUGUGUUUGGAAACGCGGCCACAGACAGUCACAAUCCCAUGAAGGUAAGUCAAAGCAGAGUAAAGGACUGAGAUGUUAAAAUGUCCUUCAUCUGCAGACUCAGUAUCUUACUGUUUGUCCCUUUGUGGUGGCUGUACUUUUAGGAUGUUGAAGUGACUUCACCUCCAGAUGACAGCAUCAGCUGUUUGGCUUUCAGUCCCCCAACCAUGCCAGGGAACUUUCUCAUCGGAGGUUCUUGGGCUAAUGAUGUGAGUUGAUUAUGUAAAGCUCUGUAAAGAAGUAGGAUAAUUUACUACAAGUUAACAAGAUUAGGGAUAACAGAUUUUGAAUGUGAAUUAAAUGAAAGUGAAAAUCCUGACACAUACAGGCUAGCCUUGGGCAAUCAAAUUCAGCCAGAAGGGGAGAGUGGGGUAAGAUGAGCCAUGUUUCAUAUUUCAGAUCACUACAUCAAGGCAAUCAUAGUUUUUUUUCUCUAACUAGUUUAUCUGCAUAUAUUUGAAGAUGUUGUGCAUCCCUGCAAACCAACAGAAUGUGUGUAAACAUAACUGUCUUGAUAAUAUAGCAUACCAAAAAAAGUGGUCUCCUAUUUUCAACUUAGCCCGUGUAUGAGGUUAGUUGACCCUCAUCCCUACUACCCCCCCACUCUCCACCCCAGCCCUCCCUCUCCUUCUCUCUCCCUAAAUAACAGUCACUUCUUCACAUUCAUGUGUAUUUCUAUCUAUUAUACACUAUUCAACUGGUACAAUAAUUCUUUUUAUUAUUGUUGCAUAUAACUGCUAAAAGACUGUUUUGUAAAAAGUCAUUUUAACAUGAGAAUGUCUUUAAGUGAUUCAGAACAUUCACAGCUGUAUUUUUGAAAAGAAAAAGUAACACAUUUCAACAAUCUGAACUGAAACUCUGAUCCUCUCAUCAGACUCCUUUACUUUCUCAGUUGAGCCACUGGCUCAACUUACCCCUGAAUUUAUUAGUCCUCUAAGCAAAAAUGGUGGACUCUAAUGUUAGGUUUUGACCUCAUGUUGGAGCUCAUAGAUACCACAAUUGAUGUAUAAAACCUUUACCAUUUCCAAGCACCAGGGGGUGGCUCAACUUACCCUUUGGCUCAACUUACCCCACUCCCCCCUAUAGCAGCGUUAUCACAAGUCCUUCUUGUUUUACCAAUUUUUUUCAAAAUUUUUGUUGACAUGAUCAGAGAGCUGAUAAUUGCUCUUUGAAUUAGUUGUAGAAGUUGUCGGUGGUGAAUCUUAUUGAAAGACGUUCCAGACAAUUUACUCUCCUUAUUUUGGUCAAUGAAAUGGACAAAAUAUCAGGAACACUAUAACACAGUUCAGUACAUAGACUGUAUAUACUAUGGAUAACUUGGUUUAGCCUACCGCCAGUAUACGGAUUUGAAGCCAAAACGCUCUCGGUAUUUCCAGGAUUUUUCUUCAUUUCCUGAAACCAGUGCUGUGCAGUAGCGUUGUGCGCAUUCGGCCGCGCAGUCACAGAGAGUCGCUGUGAUGACACUCGGCUCAAACAGCGUAUCCCCCCGGUGAGCUAUGCAAUCCCUGAACGCCCAUAGGCUGUAUCAGGUGUCAAUCAUAGAAAACAUGAACCCCCAAUAACUUUUAAAAAUGGAGCUUCACAGAAAAAAGAGGACUUGAGCACAAACCAGUCUUACAAUAACUACAUGUCAACAUCACAAGCAGGGUGGAGAAAAAUUUGUGUUCUGUGUAAUAAAUUUCUAAAGUUGGUCCACAGCUCCAUAAGCUUUGCUGGCAGAGGCGGAAUUUAUGACCUAUACUGCAACCCAUCAACAGAGGGUGCUGUUCUCAGAGUGGCUUCACCCAGCGAGAAGGCAGACUAUGUCCAUUCUUUAUACAGUCUAUGGUUCAGUACAUCACCGCCACGCACCACUUCUUCAACAAUGAGUAUACAGCGCAAUAAUCACCUGUCAACAAAAAAAUUAUAAGCUCCUUGAAUGGUAGAGCUGUUGGAUUGGAUUGCAUUAGAUUGCCAAAGUGCUCAUGAUUUUUGGGCUGCUUGGUGCACCUUUAAAAACAGGGGUGUACAAAGUGAUUCGGAAUAUGGUAAAAUCAAAAAGAAUAAAGGAACAAAAUACAGUACACUUAAAAAUCAGAAUAAAAAAAAGGCUUAGAAGCUCAUCCAACCAGUGGAUAACUAAUCCAACAGAAGGAUCCACCUCGGGAAACCCAAACAGUUUAAUCAAUCCUAAAGUAAAACACAGGAACCCAACAGCAGACCGAGAGAGCAGAGGUAGCAUCCAGUUGCAGUUAAGAUCCAAAAAGAUAAAUUCACCAAGCCUGUCUUCUUUGAAGUAUUCCCUCUAUUUUACAUGAUAAAUUAAUAAUGCACUUUAACGGUAGAUACAUAUUUUUCUAUGACAUGUAAUUUUGACACCACAGGUGCGCUGCUGGGAGGUGCAAGACAAUGGACAGACUGUCCCCAAAGCCCAACAGAUGCACACAGGUCCAGUGCUGGAUGCAUGCUGGAGUGAUGUAUGUCCCACAGUAAAAAGUCAUUCAAGCCCUGUAGUAAAUGCUGCAGAAUAAUUUAUGAUGUGCUACUCCCUUAAACCAGGACGGGAGUAAAGUCUUCACUGCUUCCUGUGACAAAACAGCCAAGAUGUGGGAUCUUAACAGCAAUCAAGCAAUGCAGAUCGCACAGGUAAGUCGUGAGCCCAGAGAUAAACUUUGUUGUCAUUAGAGAGAAGCAGAACUAUCUUACAUCGAUCAUAUUUUUUUUUUUACAGCAUGAAGGUCCAAUUAAAUCAAUUCACUGGAUUAAAGCUCCAAACUACAGCUGUAUCAUGACUGGUAGCUGGGACAAAACACUGAAGGUACAACAGCCAUUUCAGUAUAUCUAAUUAGUGCUUUUAAAUACAGACUUUAGUUUCAAAGUCAUUAUUCAAUCUAUCAAGUAUUUUUUAAUGUAGCACAGAGAAACAUGACUGCUUUUUAUCUCCCUCCUCAGUUCUGGGACACCCGCUCUCCCAAUCCCAUGAUGUCUCUGCAGAUGCCAGAGAGAUGCUACUGUGCAGAUGUUGUAAGUUGGAUUACACAGGUUUUCACUCUUGCUGAGUUUACAAUUUCUUAUGUUACUUUUUUAACUUCCCUGUCUGUAAUACGUAGGUAUACCCUAUGGCUGUGGUUGCAACAGCUGAGAGAGGCCUGAUAGUGUACCAACUGGAAAACCAGCCCUCAGAGUUUCGCAGGAUAGAUUCUCCCCUUAAACAUCAGGUGAAAUUUUUUGACCUUUGUUUCAUUUUAGCUAACAAUACAGCUAAACCAAUUGUUUUCAUGUUUGGUGUAUUGUUCUGCUCUGAUCCCCCAGCACCGUUGUGUUGCCAUAUUCAAGGACAAGCAGAACAAGCCAACAGGCUUUGCACUGGGAAGUAUCGAGGGCCGAGUGGCCAUCCACUACAUCAACCCUCCAAACCCGUGAGUAUCUAAAACAUCAGCUAUUUAGCGCUAAGAGAUUUUCUCCACUGCAUUGAUAUAAAACAUAACUAUGAUUAUAUUGUUUUUACUCAGUAAAAAAGUUAAUUGCUUUCAACGCCAAAGGCUUACUAAAAAAUGCAACAUGAAUUUACUCUCCUUUCCUCAGAGCCAAAGACAACUUCACCUUUAAGUGCCACAGGUCCAAUGGAACCAACACAACCACUCCACAAGACAUCUAUGCUGUAAGUCAUCUGGACAUUUUUUUUGCCUUUAGAGUGAUGUUCACCAUAUGAUUAAGAGGAAAAUGAGGAAAUUAGAUCAAUUUUUGGAGUUAUGUGUCAAGAGUUUUGAUCGAAAGUGUUUUAAUUGAUCACUUUGACAGCUAGUUAUAGAAGAAAGGUGGAUUUUAGAAUUUGAACCAGAGUGCCAUUGAGCUGUUGAAUCCUCCUCUGUCAUUGAUUAUCAGCCACAUUGUCGGCCCCAGAGGUGUCAACAUGCACAUGACCAGGCUCACUUCUUUAACUCUGAAAAUACUGAUUCCUUUAGGUCAGCAAUCUUUAAUAACUAUCAGAAAGUAUUGCUGUAUUGUUCUAAUGAGGUUUGAUCACUCCCAAAUCGUACCUCAAACUACAGAGUCUUAAAUGAGACCCUAUAAGUACAUCCAAUAAAUCUAUGAUGCUUCAUAUAUAAUUCCAUGACUUCUUAUGCUUAUUCAUUGAAAUUUUAGGGCUAGCUGGUGCUUGGUUUAGUGUGUUGACCGAUCAGAGACUGCACCAAGUUUUCGGCAAACUUUUACAAAUGUGAGUCAUUGCUGAUCGCAGUGUUUGGAUGGAUAUCCACCAAAUGAAGAAAAAGCAGAUUACUUUUCUAUAAAUGCCCAGCUCUGAAAUGGCCGUGGUAGGUACUAGUACAAAGUUACAAUUCAGUGUCAUUUUAUUCUACUUCCAUUUCAUUUUUACCCAUUUUCAUGAGAUUUAUGCAUGGAGCUUGACUGACCAAAAUACAGCUUUUUUUGUAUUCUAGUUAGUCACAGUGGAUAUGUGUUACAGGAAAUGUAAGCCUCAAUAUAUUUUAACUUCUAUUCCAACUUUUACCCCUGAAGUGAGGUGACAAAAGUUUCUACAACUGCAGAAGAAAUGUGCAAAAUCCUGGAGAGGCCAGUACAUUAUCAGAGAGCACAGUGAGGUGUACAUAGUUUUGUAACAAAGUCAUAUGCAUUGUCCACCCCCUCUUUGUAACACAAUGAUAAGACUCUUGGAUGUGUGCUUCAUUUGCCACAGCCAGUGAUUAUGACAGAGAACAGUUUAGUCCCACUGUAGUGACUAUGCUGACCUGAAUUUUAGUCACUGUCUAGGUGCGAGAGUGAGGUGUUUUUGACACGCUUCUAGAACAAUCCAAUGUCCAAUCCAAGGUUGUUGUUGAGUAAUAUUUUGUCACUCAUUGAUUUAAUGAAAACAAACAACAAAAAAGACAGAUACGUCUAACUUACAACGAUGGUGAUGUAAGUGAUGAGGGUGAGAGUGGCGUCAGAGAAUAGCGGUAAAAACCGUGUGUUUUUCCCGUUCCCCAGAUCACUGCUUCACCUGUGUGCCUUUUGUAGCAUUUACCCUAUUCACCUGAAGUGCCCCUUGUGGUGAUUGUGUGAGCAACGAAACAAAACCCCAAAAAUAAUGUCGAUAAAAUGGCUCAUACAUCUACUCUUUGGUGUUUUUGAAUAGACUUGGCUGUUGACACAGAGAGAACGAGCCUGAGUCAGCUAAAUCAAACUAGUCAUAGUUGUUGUUUUGACUGAUCUACUAAAUUCUAUUUUAUCCCUUCAGGUUAAUGCCAUUUCCUUCCAUCCUGUCCACGGCACACUGGCUACUGUGGGCUCAGAUGGGCGCUUCAGUUUCUGGGACAAAGAUGCUCGCACCAAGUUGAAGACCUCCGAGCAGCUCGAUCAGCCUAUUACAGCUUGCUGCUUCAACCACAACGGCAACAUCUUUGCAUAUGCUUCUAGUUAUGACUGGUCAAAGGUAGGGGGGGGGGGGUCCAGUUGUGUAUAGGCUGAGUAAGUGGACCCCUGACAGGUCUUCAUUAAUGCGUUUUUAAUGUGUUGUCCUCAGGGCCAUGAGUACUACAACCCCCAGAAGAAGAACUACAUCUUCCUGAGGAACGCUGCAGAGGAGCUGAAGCCUCGGAACAAGAAAUGGUGAGAGAAGGGCAGCCACUGUCUGUUAACCUGGACAUCAUGGUCUCUGGAUGGGGCUGCCCGACUUCCUCAGUGCUCUUGUGACUCACACUGGGGCCUUAUAGAAACCCCAUGAACUCUGCUGUGCAUGGAUUUGGGUACUGCUCAUAGAUUUGAUUCUAAUUUCAGCACUGCUGUUUACUGCUAGUGGUAGCCAUUUUGUACGGAAAUGGUUGUAAGCUGACGUGAGUGUUUAUUCAAAGGAUUGUGUGGUUUCUCCUGUGAAAUGUAAACACGCUGCCUUUACACUUGUGUAAUAAGGAACUUUGUAAAGUUCCCUGUUGGCUUUCUUACAGCUUUUAGAUGAAAAACAGUGAACUUUUGAGUGUAUUUACUGACAUGAGGAUGAAUGUGAGGAUUUAACUUCUGAAUUUAUGGACAUAUAAUGAAAAUAUAUUUUUAAAAUCAUGUAAGCUGAAAUUUAUGAUAAAACAAUCCUAAUCUGCUCUAAAAAGGACUUUUUUCUCCUUCAGAGUGAUAUUGUACUGGAUAUUCUGUGCAGAAGGAGAGCCAUGCUAAAUUCCCUUUCAGAAAUAAACCAAGCAUCAACUCUGAAAAAGAUUUUUGUGACUGACUGCUUCCUCCUGUCUGUAGAUUCACCGUGCCAAGUCGCAUCUCUUCGGGGGAAAUGCAAGGACCUGCUGCUUUAGUGUGUGUAUACGCUCGAGACAGACUCCUUCCUUACGACAAACAUCUGGACCAACGCUACGCCGCUGUGUAUUGUGCAUGGACCAAUCAGAGGGGCCUACCAUACCCGGUGUUGAUGACAGCUGCGUGACACUUGGUCUUAGAAGUGGUCAUAAAAGGGCAGGGCUUCUUUUCAGUCAUCUUGUUAUUCUGUGUUUUUUUUUUUUUUUUUUUUACAUGUGUCCAGUCCUUCAUUUUUUUUACCGCUUUCCAAAGACUUAUGAUUCUCUUUUGAUGCUGUCAUUUGUUGGUUUAGGUCAAUAAAUAAAACUGGGAUGUAAAAUAAGCACAAGUGCAUACUGUUAGAUUUCAACACCUUGCUUCUAACUUGAGAGGGUAAGUCGAUAAAGAGAGAAACUUUUGUGUUUGCUGUCUAAAUGUUUAGGAUAUGUUAAACUAUGUUGUGCAUGCAAACAAUGAACUUGACCACUCUGAUAUUCCAGCUGUAAACUCAUUAUGCCAGAGUCUUAACAUGUGAAUCACCACAAAUCAAAAUGAUAAACUUCAGCUAACAUCUGCACCGUCAAGAGCCGUCUGUCUGCUUGUCUCAGUGUAAACCAACCAGCAGGUGGAGUAUUUCUUCUAUGUUCUCACCCCAAGAGCUACCUGUAGAUCAGUCCUGAAGCUGAGGUCAGAAAACUAAGCAGAAAAAAAACAAGAUCAAAGUAGAACAGGGGUUCUUCAUCUGACUCCUUUAGACGGGGACACAGCUGGAAAUAAGGGAUUUAUCAAGGGGAUAUGAAUGAGCUGUCACGGGCUGCCACAAAGGCUAUGUGUGAAAUGUGAACCGGUUCAUAGAGGAAGAGGUGUGAAUUAAAAGCCUUUUUAUUGAGGUCAUUAGAGUAUCACCUCACUGUUAGCCUGACCCUUGAUACUUAGCAGUGGAACUCCAAGGCACCGGGGGCGGGAAUGUGGUGCUGCAACCACAGCUGGCGGCUCCUCUCACCUGUCAUGAUUUGACACCAGUCCCAAUCCUUUAGACCUCUAUCUCCUGUACUUCUUUGUCAAAGUACUUCAAGUUUUUCUUGGAAAAAGUCCAUCAGAAUAACAUAAAUAAGCAUGACUUGCUGGCUCUUUGCAUUAACAGUAGGAUUUAUUUGGACAGACCUGUAGCCCUUGGAUGCUUAGAUCCACCCUGACCUGCAAAGCGGUUAUCACUGUGUGGUGGUAGCACAGAGGGAGAUCACAUUAUGGCACUUCAAACAAACAAGUACACCCUUUGAACCACUAAUGUAUACCCUGUUUUCUGCAAAAUAUGAAGAGGUUAUGAAAAGUGGCUUGAUGUGUCAUGACAGAAGGAAACUACUAAGUAGGGCUUUAAUCAGAAAGGAAGAGGCAGAUGUGUGUCAGUCCUACAACUUUGAUAUUGGCCUCCCAUAAGAGGCUCGAUAAUUAUACUAAAUUUAGUGAUCACUAUACAUAUAGAGGACGGACAGACAGACAGAUAGAUAUAUAGAUUUUUGUAUCAGUCCUACAACUUUGAUAUUGAUAGAUAGAUAAUUAUACUAAAUUUAGUAAUAUAACUACAGAGAGAGAUAGAUAGAUAGAAACCCAACAACAUGACAUGCUUUUAAGCUGAUUGUUUUUAAAAGUUGUUGUCGACGGGAGUACAACUUUUGAGAAGUUUAUAUCCAUUUUAGCUCCCUGUAAAGUGUGUAACUGCCUCGUAAAGAUGAUAGAGUUAAAGUACAGUUUUGUUUUUUUUAAUUAAUGCGUAUAAAUGUGAUUUGGGUGAGUGUUGCCGAGACGAUUACUUCCUCGUUACAGUAGCACCAUGUGGUAAUCAGUGCCGCGCUUUCCUCCCGUACAGUAGACUGUUUCUUUGUGCUGUAAAAGACAAAAGCAGGUGCAGCGCAGAGAAGGCGGACAAUUGGGAGGAGCUGCUGCUCAAGUUGGCACUCAGCGGGGAAGCUGAUUGGUUGACAGUUAUUCAUGGGCGUGGUCUUAGUCAGAGAGUAUAAAUUCUCCCGGCACAGCUCCACUCGGCGUCAAAAAAGCAACCGGUGUGGAGGAGUGUCCUCAGCGGGAGAGCCACAGUUGUCCCCAGGUUGCUCCGACUUUAGACGACGAACAACCCGAGAGGGCGACUAUACCGUUGUAUCGUGAGAUAUUGAGUUGUUUCCUUACUGAUGCUGGGUCGCUGUUAAUCGUUCAGAAACAUUUCAGCGUGCUUCCGGUCUUCUCUCCAGCCGCCCAAUGCUUCUGCAUCAGUGCAUGAACGGAGCCCUGGAAGUCAUGCAUCCCACCUCGCUGCAAAAAGACACAACUUUUACCAAAAUCUUUGUCGGCGGACUGCCGUACCACACGAACGAUGCCUCACUGAGAAAAUACUUCGAGGCCUUCGGGGACAUUGACGAGGCGGUGGUGAUAACGGACCGACAGACCGGUAAAUCCAGAGGAUACGGCUUUGUGAGUACAUCCAGCACAGCUCUGCAUGCAGCGAGCAUUCACAACUUUUGACUACUACACGACCUCAUUUAAAGCUAGUGUUGCACUGAAACUCUUUCAUUUGUCUUAUCUUAAAAGCACGCUUAUGUUCACACUUGUAUGAGUCAGUGUCUCUGCCCCUGUGUUUUUAUGGAGGGUAAUAUGACUAAAUAACCUGACUUUCCAUACAGGCCUUCUGUCUGAUAUGUGUCAAAGGUAAUCCCCCCUCUGAAGCUGACAUGCAUAAUUGCACAGCAUCUCUCUUUUCGCUUGGCUGGCUGUUGUUUUAGCUUAAUGGGGAUGAGGAAGAAUCACACAAGUUAAUGGGUAACUAAGAAGAUUAUAUGUCAUCAUAUGUCUGAUGUGAAACCCCCACUACCACCACCACUCACCCCUGAGAAGCCCCAGCUUUUAGGUUUGUGUGUGUGUGUGUGUGUGUGUGUGAGUGGGAGAGAGAGAAGGAAAAGGAGAGAGAGAGACAGUGUGCACAGUGCACUUCUUUCUUGCUUUAUAUGGUUAUUUUUUAGCAGUGGGGAGGUUGACCUUGCACACCCUGCCCUCCAUUGUCAAGGACCGGAGCAUUCGGCUGUAGCACAUGAUUUGCAUCACAUCUUGGCUGCUUAGAGAGAAAUUCCACCAUCAACCAACUAGCCCUCUUGUACUACUAAGUUUAUGUUCUAUUUCCCUCACGAUUGUUUCAUUUUUGAGGCAUUUGGCAGGUUAAGCAUUACAAAACACUUUCAAGUCUGUAAAUCCUGAUUCAAGUUGGAAAGAUGCCAUUUAUUGGUGUCUAAAUUACCGUGUAAUCCUUUGCCACAGCCUCUUCAAGUCAGGUUAAUGAAAAUUAUGUAAGCACUCUUGGUGUGAUCUUUUUAAAUAAACACUAAUCUGAGAUUUGUUCUGUUUAAUUUAGAAAAAAGGUACUCAUUCUCUCUUUGACACAUAGAACAGAAGCAGCACAAGAAAUGCAAAUAUUUACCAGAGCCAAAGGAAGACAUUUCAGUCCUUAUGUACCACCGGGCCAAAGAAGGAAUGGAAAACUGCUAUGUGUGCAUGUUUACGUCUAAAGCCAGAAUUUGAAGACAAUUGCUUUCUGUGUUUACACAUCAGCUCCUUAACACUGAGGAAAGAGGUCCUGUGAGUCGAGCUGGAAUCAAACGGCUGCUUAUUGAGUCUUGUGUUUCAGGUUAAACUGGCUCAGGCCGAUGUGGGUGCUGCCCAGGAAAAAAGACACACUUUUUUUGUGCAACAUGAAGCAACCUGAUAAUUCUGUUUUCUGCGUGUUCCAGUUGGAGAGGUAGCUGGCAGCAGGAGGGAUGGGAGGUGCCCCAAAGCUGAGCGUACCUUUUUUCUAAACACACUUCAGAGGUGGAUUAGUAGAACCCCCCACAGCAAGUCUCUUUCCAGUGUAAACACAGUCUCGUUCCUUCCUGUGUGUUCACAACACAGACCCUGGAGUGGGCUUUGUUCCGGAUCCUUCCACUAUGGAGAGGCACACUGCUUUUAAAAACGUCCUCUUCAACAAUGCAAGCCAUGGCCUACAUUCAGCGCUCGGUCCACACACUGGGGUGGCUGAACCCUCUGAGUUGGCAGAAUGUGGCAAUCAAAACAGAAGGGCUCUUCUAAUGCCAGGAGGGAGAGAGGAGGGGUGGACUAAUACCAAUCUCCUUAAUAUUUCGUCCCUAAUUGGAUAAGCUCCUUGUUGCUCUUCCCAGAUCCAUAUUUCAGCACUAGCCGGAGCUGAGUGGCAGUCAAGAGGCUGGCUGCUGCUGCUGUUGUGGGCAGUUUUCAAAGCUUAUCAUUGUGCUUUGUUAGGAGUUUUCCUUCUUAUUCAGAGACACUGAGUCUUAACAGUGGAAAGCCUGUAGGGGGGAUUUUAUGAUGAGACCAAGUCCCGUCUUAUGUGUUUCAAGUGUUUUUGAUUUCCCCGGAUAGUUAAUGUGUAACCAGUUGGGGAUGCCAUGCCUUAGCGAUUUGUUUGUUACAUGAGAUCAUUGUUUCAUUUAUUACAGUCCUUGUUUAUGAGUCUGACUUUGUCACCAGGUUACCAUGACAGACCGAGGAGCAGCAGAGAGAGCCUGCAAGGAUCCAAACCCCAUAAUAGAUGGAAGGAAAGCCAAUGUGAACCUGGCCUACCUGGGUGCUAAACCCCGCAGUAUACAAACAGGUGAGAUUUGUUUAAUUUUCAGCGGCAUUAUUCAAAAAGCUUCAAAAUAACACACUACUAUCCAUACCCCCUGGGAAAAAAAGGAUUUAGAAGAGAAAACCUUAGGCCACAGACCCAUGAAGUAAAACCACACAUAAUAAAAAAACAUCUAAGACCGUAAUUCAGAGUGACGGCGCUUUGAUUUGGAGCUUAGUGAAGACAUUGCGGAGCAAAGCUGAAAUCAUUAAAUACCUGUUUGAUGAGCAGAGAUAUCCUGUGGUUUAGUUAUAAGUAGUACUGUUCUGUCAUCUUAUAGAUUAAAGGACAAAGUUGACUGUAAUUCAGUAACUUUUACAAGCUUAGUUUAGUUUAUGACAGCACAUACCUACAGCAUUUUCCAGAUUUCAUUUGAGAAACACCAACACUCAGCUCCUUAAAUCAUACAUGUAAUUAAGUGUCAUAUUGUGCAUUUAUAUUUGUUGUUCCAUCCACGGUCGGUCUGAAACAGACCCCCUCUCUGUCUCUCCCUGCUCUCUGUGUAUUGUUCUCUGGUCCUCCUCUGUAAAUGCUAAUGUGUGCGUCUGACAGCCGGCCUCCUAUCUUCCAGGCAUAUCCAUCGGAGUGCAGCCCAUUCACCCAGCACUCAUCCAGAGGCAGUAUGGGUAAGUGAGCGGGAGUGGGCGCUUGUUGUAUUCACUUGUGUUUCUUUCUUUGGGAUGCCACCAGGCUACUAUUCCUUUGACAGCUGAGGCCUCUGGAAUGAACGUGUCAGUUUCUGUGUCCACGUGCAACUCCAGGAGUAGUCUAUUAACAUAUCUGAGUUCUGCAGGGCUGGGAGAUGGUUCACGUAUCUGUGGUAAUAGAAGAGCAUUCCAGAGGUGAUCGCGUGACUCACUUUUUUUGCCCUCUGUCAGGAGCCUCUCCUCUUGUUUACCUGCAUGAGUGGGCUCUGUCACUGAGAAAGCUUCCUAGAAGUGGUCGUGUUGUAGAAACAGCCUGGACAGCGUCUUGGAGCCAUGAUCUACCGAGCAGCUAAUGAGUGCUUCUCUGCAGUAAUGACUCUCCUCACCCCCCACUGCUCUGCUAGAUCAUCCCUAACCCCCAUUCAGGCUUUAAACACGGAUACCUUGGACCAGUCCAGUAGAGUAAUUACACAUUUUUAACAAUCAGUGAUUACACACUUACAUACUCACUAACAGCGAAAUAUCUCUGCAAAAUAAGACCCUUAUUGGUUUACCGUACAUUUUUAUUAAACUUAAUUAACAACAAAUUUUCUUAUCAUCAUUUGUCUAAACUUAAAGUGUAUCUGUUUGAAUGUUAAGUCAUCAAAUCUUGAAAAAACUGGCAGAGCAGUGUUCAGUGAACUACUCUCAGCUGUCUUCAACGCAGUUUUAGAUCUCAGAGUAUUUCAGUGUAUAUAGUGUUUCUCGGAAAUCCCUGGACCGUCCACAGGGACAUGAGUAAAAUAAGAAACACUUACAAGAUGCUACAGGAUUUAUAUAUCAGCUUUAUUACCCAGUAAGAUCUCAGUGGGUCUGAUGAGAAACACAGGGUCCACUCGGGACAUGUCUCAUCAUGUUCGAACCUUGAAGAGGACACUGGAAAGUCCCUUCUUGGUCUGUGCUCCUUCUACAACAGUGAGCAUGGAUGGCACAGAAGCCCUGAGGGUCCAAAAUGUGGAGCACAGUCUCGCUCUAAGGCUUUUGCCCGACAGGUGCUGGCUCAUAUUACAGCUUCAUACACCCCCUAAUCUCCCAUGACCACCACCCCAGAGACGUACUGAGGCCCAUGGAGCACCUGUCUGCCUGCCUCUGAGUUUCCUCUGUAUGCUGGGUGACAGACGCUGGCCUCCCUAAGAUGCAGAGCACACAAGUGGCUUUUCUUUCAGCCCCUCCUCUCCCCCUCCAGACCCCUCGACAACAUAUGGUGUGAGGAUGGGGUCUGAAGUAGGAUUUUGAGCAGUGCUGGGGUGUAGCAUGUAGCUGUGGUGCUCUGGCUAUGGCUUACCGCAGAGUCUGUGGGUAAAGCCGUUGUCAGCAGAUGCUGUAAAGGCCAGAGGGGGUCACUGAGGCCAGAACAAUGUUUUGAUGAGGAGGGGGGAGUUUUCAAUGAGCUUGCAGAUUCAUUUCCCCUCAUACAUCACCCCUUCACUCGGUCCACUUCCCUGGGCUUUCCCACGUCAUACCCCAAAUUUAUUGCUUUUAUAACCGGUUCCCACUUAAAGAUCUUUCAUUAAAGGGGUGCCUCUACCAGCGUGUCAGAUAGAGGCGAUGAAAACUGACACCUCUCUGAGACAAAAGGGGGGGGUUGUAGAGGAGAUUGAGGGGGGAGGGUACCUGGGUGUAUUCUGGUCCUAAUGCUUAAUGAGGCUCUGUGCUCCCAAGGAAACACACCUCUACAGGUGCCAAACAAAACACCCUCUCCCUCCUGCUAUCAAAGACUCCUCACAAUCCUCUCUAACAAAGAAGAAAGGGACGAAUAUCAAGCCCUCUCACAAGUUAUUGUGAGGUGUCGUUUAAUUCCCCCCACUCAGUCCGGACCCAUCUGUUUUCACACGUUGUGUUGUUGUGAGUCAUGUGCUGAAGGUCAUUUGUGUUAUCGUGUAGAAAAAUUUAGCCGCUCAGUGUGAUAUCGCCAUGGUUUUUUUUCACAUGAGCUCAUUAAGUGGCUGUCAUGUCGGUGAUCACUCUGUCCUGUUUUGUUGUGUAGGUAUGCAUCAAAUCUUUUUUUUUCUUCUGAGCAUGUCUCUCUCUGGUCUGGGCCUGCCAUCCGCAGAGUGGCACUAUGUCAAACACACACAGACUGGCCGUCAGCACAAAACCAGCUGACCUAUGAUCUUCUGGCCGUCAUCCACAUUCCCUUGCCGCUGUCCCACAAUCCACUUGGCAUCUCUGUGGCCCCUGGGAGCUGGAUACUGUCUCUAGCCUCCCCUGGUCCUCAUCUCCCUCUUUUUUUAAACCCCCAAAGAAAGGCUGCAACUCAAGCGAACAUCUCCAUCUCUACACACAGCAAAGAUAGACCUCUGUGGUUUAUCUUUUUCUCCCUCCAGCCUUUUUAUUUGAAAUUAUUUCCUGUUCCACUUUACCUACAGAAGGUCACUUGAUUUUAAGCCCAGAUUACUGUGAACUGCCCGAGGUAACACGCUGCCAAGGCUGAGGAGGGGGCAGGCUCAUUAUACAUGAUGCGAGUGAGAGCACAUAUGCCCCUCAGCAUUAAUGUAUGGUCAUGUUUGAAAGCUGUGUGUGAAACUGAAUGCCCCUUUUGUGAGUGGCUCAAUAGCACUGUAAGGGCAGAGUGUAGAUUAUGCCCGUGGGUAGGGGUAACAUUCAUUUGCUUACGCUUCCUCGUUGCACGCCGCUGUCGUCUGGUUUUAUGGCUAUCGCUGUUUUUCCCUCUCUCCACUCCACAGAUGUGUCUCACUUCGAUGUAAAAUUGUACUCCUGUGGUAAAAUGAAUUUUUUAAUCUGCAGUUUUCUUAGCUAAAGCUGACAUUAGCUUUGUCAUAGUGUACUGUAAGUGGGAGUUUAUUUAACAUUUUUUAAUUAGCAGGAUUUGAAGCAACACUUAAAGAUUUCACAAGUCUUCAACUGCCUUUUAUUAUACAACAGGAUCAUUUUAAUGUUGUUGAAAAAUAAUCACUGCCUCAUACCCAACCUUCUGCUGUGGUUGCUCUGUGCUGCCAGCUGACCGGGAUCAGAAGAUGUCCACAGUUCAGGACUAGUCCAGAGGAGGGGUGUGACAGACAUACGUGCCCAACAACACCCCCUUUCCUCCCUCCCUCAACCAGCCUCUCUCCAAGGUGCCGAUGAUGGCUUGAGAGUGCAGUGCGGUGUGCUGUGAUGGAUUGGAGUGCCUUUUUUUAUCUUUUCCCUUUUGAGUGAUAUGAGCUGAAGGGGUUAUGCUGAUUGCAGUGUGACUCUUUCCCUAUUAUGGCAUGGUUUGGGGUUUGCAGUGGUUACUGGUGUGUUGGUGGGUGAAUGAGUGGAUGUGUGAGGAAGGGAGGGGACAGGGGGUGGAUAUGAGAGGGUGUGUGUGUGUGUGUGUGUGUGUGUUAGAGAGCGUGAUGACAUCUCUAUCCAUGCAUGCUUCCAUCCUUUGCUGUGUUGAUGUCAUGGCUGCUACUCAUUACUGAACAUUUUCUUCCUCUGUGGAAGAAAAAAAGUUAAAAAUGAAAUUUAAUAACAGGAAAAGAGGAUUUGUGUGAGUAUUGAGAUGCAGCUGUAGAGCUUCCAUCACAGUGACAUUUAUUUUGACUUUAUUGUCUUUGUCACAGGGUGUGGAUGUGGAUGUUUUCCCUUAAAACUGGAGUUGGUUACAUCACCCUUUAGUAGAAGGAAGGGGUCUUUUCCUCUCUGCCACAGCCAUUCCUCCCUGUAGACAACAUACCCAGCAGGGACACACCAAGAAACUGGCUGAAAAUAGACUGCCAUAGCCUCCCCCCCUCCCCUUUUUCUUACCCUUGUGGAUAAAGUGGCAAAGCAAAGGCAGAAAAAGAGGAGAGACAGUGCAGUCCCCAGAUUUUAACAGCUCUAAUCAGCUACAUCUGAGUGCCGGCCUCCUGAGUCCUGGCAGAGCCCAGCACCCAGCCCUGAUGAGCUCCCUUGCCACCAUUAACUCCCCCAACUAGCAUCAUCACCGCCGACAGUCUGCAAGAGAUUUACACACCAAGUGAGAAGUAGCAGACUGCAACUUCUGCACAGCCUUCAUGCACUUCCCCUUAUUGUCCGUGUGUGUGUGUGCGUGUGUGUGUGUGUGUGUGUGUGUGUGUGUGUGUGUGUAACGAGUGAAGAGCAGCAGCUGUUAAAACACUCUGCCGAUGCCUGGGCUUGAAUACCUGCCAGUAACGGCUGACUCUAUCUUUCAACCCCCCUCACCCCCCCAGCUCCUCCCCGCCCAUCUACCUUAUGAGGCCCUACCUAACAGGUUUGGUCAGUUUGACUAACCGAAACAGACAGAGAGUUGAGUCACCUUUACCUCCUAACCUGCUUUGACUCUUGUCUGUUUUCUCUUUUAAUAACAGUGGGUAUCCAUGUAAGUGCUCUCUUCAGCUAAGAACACCUACAAACGGUUUAUAAUCCCAGCAGGCUCGUCCUCUGAGAGUAAUGUAAACAACUGAAGCCAGACUCUUGGAUUUCUUUGCUCUGUAAUAACCGCCCUCCCCUUUGGUCUUUGUGUCUGUGCGCAGGAUGGCCCAACAGUACGUCUUCCCACAAGCUUUUGUGCAGCCUAGCCUGGUGCUGCCCACUCAGGUUUCCACCUCCGUCAGCACCAGCCCCUACCUGGACUACAGCACAGCCUACGCUCAGUACGCCCAGGCAGCCUUUGAGCAUCAGUACCCGUACGCCGCCUCCCCGGCCAGCUACCUGGGCUACAGCUACGCCACCAGCCCCACAGCCACCGCCGGCCAAGCCUCUGCCGCCACGGCUCCAGCCACUGUCCACCCCAGCCUCUCCUCCGCCACCGGACCGGGCCAAGCCUUCCUGCACUACGCCCCACAGCAGCACAUCCAGCCAGACCGCAUGCAGUGA